UCCUUCAAGUUUAUUCACUAUAAAGUCUAUGGUAAACAAUUUACACUCUUUAACUUUAAUUGUCUUCUCUGUGAUUACUAACAAUUAUAAUUGUAACUCGAAAAAUGGUUCUAACCUCGUUGAUCGGACUUUUUGCCUUGACCGUUACCGUUUCUGGUAAUUUCUUUGGAUCACCAUUCCCACCGAUGCCAAACUUUCCCUCAUUUCCCUCUUUCCCUUCGAGCUUUGGAUCAGAUGAUUUCUCUUCUCAAUCCGCUUACCCUGGAUUCAACUCUUUCCAAUCUUCAUUUCCUUCAUUCGGUGGUUCCAAUGGUUUUGGUUCUCAAUCUUUUGGUUCCUCUUCCGAUGGUUCAGGUAACAAUGUUGUCCAAACCAUCAAAGUCGAAAAAGAUGGACCUGAUGGCUCGAAAAUAACUGAAACUAUCGAAGUCGAUGGGCCUAAUGGUGGAUCAUCAGUUAAUCGUCAAUCCUCAUCUUCAUCUUCAUCCAACUAUGGAAGUCCAGUGAAUGUUGUUCAUUUCCAAGGUGGAAAUAAAAAGCCCUCAAGCCAAGGGAUCGCUGUUGGUGAACCAAACCCUUCGGCACCAGGAAAUCGUGGUUCUAAUGGUGGUUUCCCAUCAUAUGAUGAUUUCUCUAGUUCUUUUAGUAACUUUAACAAUGGAUUCUUCCCAUCAUCAACCGGUAUUUCUACCGCUGCUACAUCAUCUUCGGCCUCUAAUUUCGUCACCUCUUCAUCGACCAAAACAAAUCCCGACGGAAGUACAGUUACCGAAACUGUAACUUAUGAUUCAAAUAAUCCAAGUAAAGUUACUCGGGUCAUCAAAAGAAUCGAUGCCAAUGGUAAGGUAACAAUUAAAACUGUUUAAACUACAAUUGGUUAAUCUAUUUGAUUAGAAAUCGCGAUUAAUUAUCCAUAAAUGAGAAAUAAAAAACACAAUUUAAUCUAAA